AGUUCACCCAUCAAGAAAGCUUUCCUUAACAUGGUGCAGCAAGCUUUGUACAGAGGUUUGGUCUCCACUAAAUGGCUGGCAGAAGCUGUCCGAGCCAAAAAGAUUGGCCCUGAGUUGCGGGUGCUGGAUGCUUCCUGGUAUGAACCUGGAACAAGAAAUGCCCAGAAAGAAUUCCAAGAACAGCACGUGCCUGGAGCUUCUUUUUUUGAUAUUGAAGAAUGCAAAGACAAGUCAUCGCCUUAUGAGCUUAUGCUGCCCAGUGAGAAACACUUUGCUGAUUAUGUUGGCCACUUGGGCAUUGGGAAUGAUACACAUGUAGUUGUGUAUGAUGGAGACAACCUGGGCACCUUCUAUGCACCACGCGCAUGGUGGAUGUUCCGAGUCUUUGGGCAUCGAACUGUUUCAGUGCUGAAUGGGGGCUUCAAAAACUGGCUGAAGGAGAGUCACCCAGUGACAUCAGAGAUCACCCGACCAGAGCCAUCUGCCUUUAAAGCUACUCUUAACAGGUCUCUUCUGAAGACCUAUGAAGACAUGGUGGAGAACAUGGAAUCCAAGCGGUUUCAGGUAGUGGAUGCCAGAUCUGAAGGACGAUUCCGAGGAACAGAACCUGAGCCAGGAAAGGAAGGGAUAGAACCAGGUCACAUUCCAGGCACCAUAAAUAUGCCUUUCUUCAACUUCUUGACUGAGGAAGGAUUUGAGAAACCCCAAGAAGAAAUCCAGAGCAUGUUCCAGGAGAAGAAAGUGGACCUUUCAGAGCCAUUGAUUGCCACAUGUCGCAAGGGGAUUACAGCCUGCCAUAUUGCCUUGGCAGCAUAUCUCUGUGGUAAACCAGAUGUGGCCAUCUAUGAUGGAUCCUGGUCAGAGUGGUUUCGUCGUGCCCCUCCUGAGUAUAAAAUGUCUGAAUGGAAUCGCCAUAAGGCAUAAUAACUCAAUUUUCUGUGAAGCAUAGUUCAUAAUACUUUCUAAGCAUGAUGAAAACAUAGGAAAAUAGAUUCCUAUUCUUCUAUAAUUUUCUCAUUUUCUAAUCCAUGGUUGCUGCUUGUUUUUGCAAACUGGUAAUUAAAUAAAAUUGAAUCUCGGGUCAAGUACC